AUGGAUGAUGUCGAUUUGCGACAGGAAAUCCUCCAGCGGACUCUCCAAGAGGUAGCUGAUGAGGAGAAAGAGGCCGCAAAUCCUUGUGUCAUCUGCCUGGACAAUAUCACCGAGCCGUGUGUGGCACAGCCAUGCAACCAUGCCAACUUCGACUUCCUUUGCCUUGUCAGUUGGAUCGAGCAGCAACCGAAAUGCCCGCUAUGUAAAAUCGAGUUGACAACCGUGAAAUACGAACUGAACGCCACACAAGGCCCGAAGCUAUACAAGGUCCCACCCCCGAGCACAACAAUCCCAGUACCCCCAGUCUCUGCUCGAUCGCGCCCUGGUAACCGCUAUGGCCCACGAGGAGGGCGACGUCCUCUACCCCCACCGCGACCACAGCCAAAUGACCCGCUCGAGCGCCGGCGCAACGUCUAUCGCAACCAAACAUACUCCAUGCGAGUCGGAUCUAAUCGGUUAUCUCAGUAUCGAGAACUAACGCCGGAGCACUUCAAUCGUGACGAGGAGCUAGUUUCGCGCGCGCGAAAAUGGAUCCGUCGCGAACUACGAGUCUUCUCUUUCCUGAACCCCGAACCGGAGGAAGAAGAGCGGACGUCUCACCAUGUCUCGCGCCCUGGACCUCAGCGGCUGGAGAAUCGCAGGGCGAACAAUGCUGAAUUUUUGCUCGAAUACGUCAUCGCUAUCUUGCGCACAGUUGAUCUCAAAGGCAGUGCUGGACAGGCGGAGGAACUGUUGCGUGAUUUCAUCGGCCGUGAGAACGCAUGUCUAUUCCUCCAUGAGUUACAGGCGUGGCUGAGGAGUCCAUAUAGUUCUUUGGAGGACUGGGAUCGCAACGUUCAAUACUCAAAUACACCGCGGAGUACAUCUGAUAGAGGAUAUAGGGACUCUGAUGACUCGGGUGGUAGAUCGACUCCAGUGAACAUUCGGAGUAGGCCACAGAGGUCCGGGAGACCAUACAGGUCUAGGUCACAAGAGGCGAUUGAUCGGUCCAGGCGGCUGCAGCAGGCUCAACAGCGAUAUAAUCCCUAUUAG